AUGUUUCCUACCACUCACGAUAUUAAAAUGUCGUGUAAUCCAAUAUAUAACCCACAGGAUAAAUCAAAUUAUUACACAACUGAAGACAACAAUAACAACUUACAAUUAAAUCCCCUUUCCGGUGGGUCCGUAUCACUAACGAACAAUAACGAGGAUUUUACAUAUAAUGAUAAUGAAAUGAAUUCUAUGAAAUUAGAUUUAAAAAAUAUUUAUAAACCUCAACUGGAUAAUAGAACAAUAUAUAAUAUUGGCCCUAAAACAAAAUCAUCUUCGUCAUCUUCAUCAUCCAUCGUUUCAAGAAAAACUGAUAUAUCUUCGAUAUAUUCACUCCCUAUAUAUAAUACCUCCAAUUCAAAAUUAUCCUUGAAUAGAUAUAUGGCCACAAUAUCCACAAUUAAUACUAAUAAUAAUGAUAUAUCUCCUUAUACAUUCAAAGAUCAUUUAGUCUCCCACUCAGCCAUUCCAAAAUUAGCAAAGAGACCACCUUUGGUCAGAAACCAUUCAUUAUCUUUAUCCAUAAAGACACAUAAUCUUUCGACUAAUACUAGAUCCAGAUCAAAGACACUUACAGCUACUACUAUUAAAACACCUGUUUCUAUCACAAGUAAUAAUAACCUCUAUUCAACGAAUAUUACGAACAGUGACGAUAAUAAAACAGCUUGGUUUCUACCAGGCAUGCCUUUCAAUGAUAUAUCUAGUGAGGAUGAUAACAAUUGCAAUAAUGGUAUUGAUAUACCUAGUCCUUUACAAGAAGAAUUACCGAUAUACCAUCAUAGUGUAUAUCAAAAUGGGCCAAUACAAGUUAUUUCACCCAAUAUAUUUCUCUAUUCGGAACCUACAUUAAAUGAUAUACUUAAAUUUGACGUAGUUAUAAAUGUCGCUGAAGAAGUUGAAAGUUUGGAGACUAGGAUUCCAAAUGAUAUUAAACAAUCAAUAGAAUACCGUCAUAUAAAAUGGUCUCAUGACUCAAAAAUAGCUAGAGAGCUUAAUCACAUAACUAAUGUUAUUCACGAGGCUAGCAACAGUGGCAUGAGGGUUCUUGUACAUUGUCAAUGUGGGGUUUCAAGAUCAGCAUCUCUUAUUGUUGCUUAUAUUAUGCGUUACGAUAAACUUCAUUUGAAUGAAGCCUACAAUAAAUUAAAAUUAAUAGCAAAAGACAUUAGCCCCAACAUGGGAUUAAUAUUUCAAUUAAUGGAAUGGGAUGAAAUUUUAAAUAAUAAGGAAUAG